UGGAGGGGCUCUUACUAGGCAUUGAGAAGGGCUGUCACUGAUUCAGGCAGUCCAACUCCCUUGAAAGUCUCUGCCUUUAGACUGCACACAAAGGAAAGAAUGCCAGCAAACCUCUCUCGAUUUCUGCAAGCUUCUUAAAGGGGUCUCUGCACAUUCCAGCAACACAGCUGCAUCUCCGAUACCCUCAGUGCAUCAGAGUAUAUAGCUUCUCCUCCUUCACCGGGCUUUCGAGCUGUCAGGGAGAAAGCCAGGGGGAUCCUGAUGAAGUGCAGUGUUGUGCAGGAGCUGACAAAGAGGUAGAUGGAUAUCCUUGGUCUCCUGAGAUUUGCCUGUGAUUAGAUGUUCCUUGAGCUCCCCAGCUUUGCAUCAUCAGCAUUUCAUGGUCCAGGGGGUGCUCCAGACACAUCUUGCAGUAUGCCUGCAUUGAUUUAAAUCCAGCAACUAGAGGCAAGCCAGCACUGAAACGGAGUGGAUACUGCUGCUUUGGGUUAACCAUGAAGAUGCAGGCUCAGUAUUUCUGAAAGCAACUGACCUCAUGGAGAGUUCUUUGUAAGCACUAGGAAAUUUCUUUGCAGAAAAAGGGGAAAAAUUGGGGAAAGAGGCUUCCAUUCUUUUCAUUAAUACUAGAGCAACUUCAGACCUUGGCUUGACUCCUGGUAUAUCAGAGACAUCUGUGCUCACUUCCAACCUGCAUCGAGAUCCAGGUACUUGAGUUGGAGUGCACCUUUGAGGACUCCUGGGCUAAGAACUGACAUCUUCAGCUCCUUGUGGUUCUCCUUUCUGGUCCAAAGGAAGUUUUGUCCGUUCUAUAAAGGAAACCUUGGCAAGGCAGAAAUGCAAGUCUCCAUAGCAUGCACAGAGCACAACCUCAAGAACCGGAAUGGGGAGGACAGACUCAUCAGCAAACAGAACACCAGUAACCCAAAUGCUGUCAAUGCUGCCCGGGCAAAAUUCCGGACAGUGGCAAUCAUUGCUCGCAGUUUGGGAACCUUUACCCCUCAGCACCAUAUAUCUUUAAAAGAGUCCACUGCCAAGCAGACUGGCAUGAAAUAUAGAAACCUUGGGAAAUCUGGAUUAAGAGUUUCAUGUCUGGGACUAGGAACGUGGGUCACAUUUGGAGGUCAGGUUUCUGAUGAGAUUGCUGAACAGCUAAUGACGAUUGCCUAUGAGAGUGGAGUAAAUCUGUUUGACACAGCAGAGGUAUAUGCAGCUGGAAAAGCGGAGGUGAUUUUGGGAAACAUAAUAAAAAAGAAAGGCUGGAGGAGGUCAAGUCUGGUCAUUACAACAAAACUCUACUGGGGAGGAAAAGCUGAAACAGAAAGAGGACUUUCAAGAAAACACAUUAUUGAAGGAUUAAAAGCUUCUCUCCAGAGGCUGCAACUUGAGUAUGUAGAUGUCGUCUUUGCAAAUAGACCUGACAAUAAUACUCCAAUGGAAGAAAUUGUCCGAGCGAUGACACACGUGAUAAACCAAGGAAUGGCUAUGUACUGGGGAACCUCUCGUUGGAGUGCUAUGGAGAUCAUGGAAGCCUAUUCUGUCGCAAGACAGUUUAAUAUGAUCCCACCUGUAUGUGAACAAGCAGAAUAUCAUCUUUUCCAAAGAGAGAAAGUUGAAGUUCAGUUGCCGGAAUUAUACCACAAGAUAGGAGUUGGAGCAAUGACAUGGUCUCCGCUGGCCUGUGGGAUUAUCUCAGGGAAAUACGCCAAUGGAAUUCCUGAAAGCUCAAGGGCUUCUCUAAAGUGCUACCAGUGGCUGAAGGAGAAGAUUGUGAGUGAGGAUGGGAGAAAGCAGCAAACAAAGCUGAAAGAUCUCUUUCCUAUUGCAGAACGCCUUGGAUGCACACUACCUCAGCUAGCAGUUGCAUGGUGUCUACGUAAUGAAGGUGUGAGUUCUGUUCUCCUUGGCUCUUCCAACCCAGAGCAACUAAUAGAGAAUCUUGGUGCCAUACAGGUUCUUCCGAAGAUGACGUCCCACAUUGUGAAUGAGAUUGAUAAUAUUUUGGGCAACAAACCUUACAGCAAGAAAGACUACAGAUCCUAAAGCAUUGCAUGGUUAAACUGGACUGCAUGGCUAAAAUAGUGCUCUGUACCUUGUACAGUACUGAGUCAAUACUAUCAAGUUACAAUUAGAAUUACUCAGCAGUCUCUGAUUUACUAGAUUCUUCAAGGUGGUGUGCUCCACUGAGAUUCAAAAGCACAGCUGAUCUCCCUGACAGCUGAGAUCAACUUUGCUCUCUCCCCCACAACUGGAGAAUUUGAAUUCACUUUUGACUCCAUUCAAUGAGCACAAUCGAGCGGGACCUUCUCAGGUUCAAGCAUCAUUGAAAUGAGUAAGAUGUGCACAGCAGGCACUAACAUUGGACUCUGGACAACAAUGUACCAAAUGACAGGACUUUCUUCUUGUCCUCUGCAACCCUCCCAUCCACGACCCCCUCCUUGUAACCCUCAGGGGCACCAGAAUCUUCUAGCUUUCUAGAGUAGGUUUUAAGCAUGAGGGGGGCUGUAGGAAGGAGUGUGGACCCCCCCCCCAUUCCGCUGGCGGAAACAGUUCUUUGACUAUUUAUUGGCCUUUAAAGUCCUCUGGACCUAAGUAGAAUUUACCAGUGGAUUAUGCCCCCAUUAAGGUUCCUUUUUCUCAGUACUUCUUUAUGCAGUGAAAAUAUACAUGUAAAAAAACAAUAAAAGAUUUCUAAGCUUUAGAUAUUUGGAAAUUAAGAGAGGGAUGUACAGAUAUAUUUUUUCAGUGAACAAAAAGUCAGAAACAGUUAAAAAGCUUAGGGUAAAGAAACAUAAUUUCAAGUGUAAAGAAUUUCCAAAGCUGUAUGUCAAGGAUGUGUACGUUCAGAUUUUGCUUUUCCCAUUUGCAUUUUGAUGCUGAACUGAGUUCUAGUUAGCUACCCUAGUUUGUGCUCUGGCAGCAAAAGGGCUUUCCAUUUAAAGGCACCCCCUCCCCAAUAGAUUAGAUUAGAUUAGAUUAGAUUAGAUUAGAUUAGAUUAGAUUAGAUAGAUAGAUAGAUAGAUAGAUAGAUAGAUAGAUAGAUAGAUAGAUAGAGUUAGUGAAGGAAUUACAGAGAUUGGAGCCUAUGUCUGUAAAUUAUUUCAGGAUUUUACAGACAAACUAUACUGGUCAGUUGCACAUUCAUAAAAAUCGAAAGAAAGGUGUAGCCAAAGAUAAACCUGCUUAGGCUGGCAUCCUAUACAAACAUAGUAGAUCUGGAAGAAAGCCUUGUUGGAUAUAGCAGGAAUUACUUCUAAAAAUAUAUACAUACAAUUGAACUGCCAAGCAAAAUUUACAAAGCAAUUAUAUGUGUGUUUGCUCAGAAGGAAAUCCUGUUGAUUUCAAUGGAGAUAUUAGGGGAAACAAGAGCUGUCUUUUCUUGAUCAAAUGUGAUCUCUUUGGGGAGGUUUUCCAGCAGAAUAAAUUAAACAACAUGCAUUGUACUCCCAUUAAAAUAACAGAAACCUUGGCUGGACUGCAUCCAGUAUCUAUUGUGCUUUUAAAAAAAAAAAAGACAAAAGUCUGCAGUCUCAUUAUUUUUUUAAAUGCUAAUCACCAACAAAUAAACAGCUCCUCUCUGCAACAAAAUAAUAUCAGACUGAAACAGUUACCAAAACUUUGCUUGGUAGGCCAAAUUCAGAUAAAAAUUAUUCCUAUCAUCUUUAAAUGUUCUUUUAUUACAACAUGCUUUUCCUUUGGCAGUUUAUAGGCAGAGCUAGUGCACCUCGGAUUACUUAACUUUAACUAAUAUAAUGUAUUAUAAAUGUACAUAAUGUGCAGAGUUGUACAAUUUUCUGAAGAGCAGAUAUUCAUAAGGAUGAGAAACUGUUUCAUUCUUCUUUUCUCAUCUUUGUGCCAGUAUCAAUUGUAUACUGCAAUUGUGUGGGUUUUCAGAAAGCCAAAUUGUGAACAGUUCAUCAUAAAUGAAUGAAAUCCCCAACAGAUCUUUACCCAUUCUUUCUACUCCUCUUCGGUAGUAAACUUUUGUGAUGGCUUCAGCAGGGGGCUCUGUUCUGCCCCAACUCUCAGCAUGUGACUGCUGUAGUUUUCAGCCACCCUUUCCCACUUCCCAGGAAUUUCCCACUAUUGAGCCCAACAUGUCCAUAACAGUGGUGGGUGAUAAAGUCUCCCGUUGGCUUCUUGCAUGCAUCUACAGUAGCAUGCCAAAAGCUUCAAUCUUCCAUUUGCAGAUUACAAGUGGACGUAACUAUGAGUGUUGUGAAGUGCAAGUGCUCCUCUCAGCUGUCCUGACAAACCACACACCCCAAACUUGAAUCCAAAGUUGCAAGCACUUUUGAUUCAUCCAUAUCAGUUCUAUCAGCAUUCAUCUCUCCUAGGAGUAGCCUCUUUGUAAAAUUAGUAAACCUUUGUUGUUUAAGAAUGAGCCGUGUUCCCGACCCCCAUAUCUUGCAAUACAGGCAAGAAUACAUUGCAGCUGGGAAAAUCCAUUCCUCUCCUGGUAAGAAUUGGGAGUUAAAUUCACAACCACAAAAUUUGGAGAGAAAGCAUCGUCUGUUAAUUUUGUCUCUGUAAAUCUUGCCUCCUUUACAGCA